AUGAAAACGUUUGCUCUUUUAUAUAAAUUGAAUGUAGAAGAAGAUAACAACGAAAACGAAACUUUGUUUUUCUCCUUAUAUAUUCAUAAUAGUUAUAUUUAUGUAGGGUCAACCAAUGGAAGAAUAUUCAUUUUUAAAAAGAAGGGGAAAGUUUUCUUUGAUCAAGUUAAUUUUGUAAAUGUAAUCAAGUUUGCUACAGAUGAUGUUAUAACUAAGAUAUGCUUUGUUGAAAAUUUGUGUUGGUUAAUUUGUGGUACUGAAAAUGGUUCUAUAUUUGUAAUAAAGAAUAAGGAAUAUAUAAAAAAAAAAAAAAAAAAAAAAAUAGAUGUAAUAGUAGAAGAAGAUUUUAAGUUGCCAAAUGAAUAUCAUUAUAAUGCCAUAACAUGUAUUAAAUAUUUAAUAAAAAAAAAUGGUAAACAUAUUUACAUUUUUAUUGGAGAUAUAGAUGGAGUAUUAUCAUACGUACUAUUAAAAAACGGUUCUUAUACUUCAACACAAUUAAAAAAAAAAAUUAGAAAGAAUAAACAAAUAUACAACAAACUACUUGUUGAUAAAAUAAAUGGACCUAUUAGUGAUAUAGAAAUAUGUUCUGAUUUCAUUUUAGUUACAUGUGAAAAGAAUAAUAUUCUUAUAAAAUUGGAUGAUAUUUUAUUAUAUAACAAAAAUGAAGAAAUAUAUUAUAAAUGUAUUGGUAAAAAGAAAGAAAAUAAAAAUUAUAAAUCUAUCUUUUUGAAAUGUAAAAGGAAUAUAAAAAGUCCUAUGAUUUUAAGCUUAAGAAAAAAUGGGCGUAUAUGGAUUAGUAAAGAAGAUAAAGUAUUAAAUACUUUAGUAUUCUAUUAUUCUUUUUUUUAUUUUUUCUAUAUAUUCUUUUUUAAUAAGAAAUUAUAUAUGAAUAAUUACCUCUAUGAAUAUUAUAAAAAUUAUUUUUUAAGUAAUUCCUAUUUUGUUCAGUUCUUAGAUAAUAUUAUAAAUCAAUUUUCUAAUUUUACCUUUCCUUCAAAACCUAACUUAAAUAUGUUUUAUAAAAUUAAUAAGAAAUAUUUUGUCUUAUUCGAGCAAUUUAUUACUUAUCCUUUUUUUAAAAAGAUAAAUGAAAGGAUAGAUAAUUCAACCGACCCAACGACAGAUGAUAGAAGUAAAAUAAAAGACAUGUUGACAAAGGAUAUAAAUAAUAUAAAGGAGUAUUUAAAAAAUAAGUUAAAUGAAGAAAUUAAUAACAAUAGUAAAAAAAAUAACAAUAAUAGUAACAAUAGUAAUAAUAAUAAUAAUAAUAAUGAAGAAAUGAUUGUAUGCAUAAAUUAUAUCUACGAAUGUUUGAAUGAAGCUGACCAACUAUUGAAUAAUUUUCUGGGCAAAAAGUUGUUUCUUUUUAAUAUUAAGAGUAUACAGAUUCAGGAUAUCUUGGAUCUUAAUGUAACGUUUUUAUCACAUAUGAAACUACAAAAUGUGGAUAAUAAGGAUAAGAACGGAAUAAAUAAUAAUACAAGUAAUUGUACAAGUAUUCAUAUGAAUAAUCAUAUAUGCUAUAAUAGUUUAGGUGAUGAUAAUAAUGUAAUGGAGAAUCAUCAAAAUGAAGAUAAUAAUAAUCAUAAUAAUAAAAAUAAUCAUAAUAAUAAUCAUAAUAAUAAUCAUAAUAAUAAUAAUAAAAAUAAUCAUAAUAAUAAUGAACAAUUAGAAGAUAUAAUGUUUACUUUUCAAAGUACAGAUAAACAAAAUGAGAAUAUUAAUGUCUCAAAUAAUGAUAAUAAUAUGGAGGAAACAAAAAAUAAUGAAAUACAUUAUAAAAAAGUGAAUUCUAAAAAUAUUUUAUAUGAACGUUAUUUUAAGGAGGACAAAAUUGUGGACUCUUUUAUAUUAAAAAACAAAUUAUAUUUAUUAUAUUUUAAUAAAAACUUAAGAGAUGAUAUAUAUGUUGCAUAUAAUAUGAACAAUGGUCAUAAUGUGUGUACAUCAUUUAGUGGUAUGAAUAGAUCUAGUACAGAAAAGAAAAAGAAUAAAAUUAUUAUAUCAAAAGAUAAACAAUUUAGUAGUUCAUCUAAUAUUCUGAAUUGUAAUUAUAAGAUAUCACCAUUCUAUUUUUGCGAAAUACAUUUUGAAGAGAAUUCUGGACUAUUAAAAUAUUUAGGAUGUAAUAUAGAAAAAUCAUUAAAUGUAAAAAGAAAUGAAUUUUAUUUUUUUUAUUUUUAUAUUCUUAUGUUCCAUAAUUAUAUUGACGAAAAAAAGAAAGAAGAAAAUUAUGAAGAUAACUUUUUUGACAUUAUAGAAAAUAAAAUGAAUAUAAUAAAUAUUCCAAUGUAUAUAAAAGAUAUUAUACAAGGGAAAUAUUCAAAUGAUAUGAACAACAUGAAUGAUAUAGAAUUUAUAAAUAAUAAAAAUAAAUUGAAUCAUAUUUUAGAUAUGACACAAAUGGAUAAUAUACUACGCAAAAAUAUAGAAGCAUUAAAAAUGAAUAUUAGAAAUUUACUUCUUUAUUCAACAAAUGAAAUAUACACUUGUUUAUUAACUGAUAAGAAUUAUAUUUUUUCAAAUUAUUUUCUUUACCCUUCUUAUUAUCAUAAUGUCAAAGAAUUUCAAUAUUUACAUUUCCAUAUAAAGAAAAUAAAAAAAUUAUAUAACAAAAUGAAAAUAAUAAUGACAAGGUAUAAAUAUAUUUAUCAUGAAAUUCUUACCUUUUUUGUUUUCUCUAAUGAUAAUGAAAACUGUGUUAUACCAGCCCAUUUAGAUUUAAUAAAAAAGAAUAAAAAGGAUAAGGAAAAUGAACACAAUAAUAGGAUCAUUUCAAAAUAUCUCCAUAUUUUACAAAAUGAUGAUCAAUUCUUAUACAAGGUAUUAUAUUAUUUUAACUUAUUCAUAUAUCUAGAAAUUAAUAUAACAACAUAUAACAUGAGAAAUAAUACAUGUCUAACAAAUUUUCCGGUUUUAUAUGUGGAAAGGGAUCAUGUGGUUAAUGAUAAUAUAAGAGAGUUAGGAAAAUCGAGAAAUUGUGAAAAGGAUAAGCAAAAGGAUAAACAAAAGGAUAAACAAAAGGAUAAACAAAAGGAUAAACAAAAGGAUAAACAAAAGGAUAAACAAAAGGAUAAACAAAAGGAUAAACAAAAGGAUAAACAAAAGGAUAAACAAAAGGAUAAACAAAAGGAAAGGAAAAUAAAAAAUGAACAAACUAAUAUUCCUAGUGAUCUUCAAAAUUAUUUUCAAUAUCAUGAUAGGAUUAAUCUAACCAGUUUUAAUAAUACUGAGCAUUCCAUUAAAUAUAAGGGGGACGUUGGAAAAUAUUUUAUAAAAAUGGAUAAGAAAAAAUUACAACUAAAAAAAAGUAAAAAGAGUUGUAUUAAAUAUACUAUUUUGUAUUCAUCUCCUUUUUAUUACAUACCAGAAGAGUUAUUAUUUUUCCACAUGAACAAAUUUAUAAAUACCAAUCCUAUACAUAUAAAUAAACAUUUAUGUACUCUCCAAAUUUUAUUAUAUAUUUUUAAAAUGAAUGGGAAUAAAACAUUAUUUAGGAAACGAUUUAAAAAAUGGAAACAUUUUAAAAAUAAAUAUAUUUACAACAAUGAGCAAUAUAAAAUAUUAUGUAAUAAAAAAAGUACUUGUGUUUUACAUGAUGAGAAAAAAAAAAACAAAUAUAUAUUUUUAGAAAAUUAUGAACUUACAAAUAUUAAUAAAUGCGUAAUUAAUAUUAAUAAUGAUAUUAAUAAUGUAAUACAUCCAAAUAUAUCAUAUUAUGAUAAAUAUAGAUACAAUAAGAUAGAUUUUUUAAAAUAUAUAUAUAUAUAUGAUAACAUUAGAAAUAUAUAUAAUAAUAAAUAUUAUGAUAAUAUUAAAAAAAAUAAUAAUAUUUCAAUUGUUGAUUUCUUAAAUUGUUCAAAACAAGUUUAUUAUUAUCAUCAAGUUAUAGACGGGGUAUAUGUUGUACAUAUAAAUAACUACAAACAACAAAUAUAUGAAUCAUUUUUAUUAUAUCAAUAUUUAUUAGAUAGAAGUUCCUUUUAUAAUAAUUUAUCACAUUUCUCAAGUGAUCAAAGGUUUAAUGCAUCAAAUUAUAUUAUGAAAUCACUUACGUUUAUUAAAGAAAAUAAAAUGAAGGAAAUGAAUAAUAAUAUAUAUAUAAAAGAACCACAUUUGAAUGAACCUAAUAUUAUGUCUAUGGAAGAUAUAAAAUAUUAUGAAAAAUUAAAUAAACAAAUAAUAAAUGAUAAUAUAUUAUUAUUAGAUAUUUUUUUAAGUACCUAUCACAAUAUAUAUAACAAUUCAAAAAUGGAAUUAAAAAAUGCUAUAAAAAAAUUUUCGACAUUUAAUACAUUAGGUGAAUAUAUAAAUUAUAUACAGCAAAAUGAAAAUUUAACGGAUGAUAAUAUCUAUAAUUUUGUAAAAGAAAGAAAUAAAAAAAAUUUGUUCUUAUAUAUUUAUAAAAAUGAACAUAUCACAAAUCAAUAUGAUCAAUCCAAUUUUUAUCAUUUAUCUUUGUCAUAUAAUAAUUCCUUUUAUUAUAAACAUUAUGAUAAUAUGAAUUUGAUUGAUUUGAUAUCUUAUAAUAAUAAUGUGGAUAAUAAUAUUUGUUUAAAAAAUUAUGAACAGAAUAAAACUUCUUCUUUUUUUUUCAAAGAAUAUAAACAAGAAUAUAUGAAUGUACCAAACAAAAGGAAACAAAAUAAAAUAAAAAUUUCAAUGAUAGGAACCUCUCUUGUUGAAAAAAAAAAAAAAAUAAAUAAAAAAAAAAAAAAAAAAUAUAUAUGGAUUAAUUCUUAUAAAGAUAAUAAAAUAUUAAAUUAUAUGAACGACUUGAACGUGGUAAUAAAUGAAUAUAUAUCUUUAAAUAAAAAAUAUAAUUGUGAUAACUUGUCUUUUUAUAUGAUGAACCCUACAUUUUUCACCGAUAUAAAUUUUUAUCAACUUAUCAAAUUGUUAUAUAUAUUAUGUAAGGAAAAAUAUAUGUAUUACUUUUGUACAAAAACAAGAAAAUAUAAAAGCAAGAUAAAUUAUAUAAUAAAAAAUUAUGAUGAAUUAUCUUAUCAUCCCACAAACUUACAAAAUAGUAGAACAAACCAAUAUAGAAUCAAUAGAAAGAAAUUGAAAAAAUAUAUGUAUCAAAAUUUAUUCAUGUUAAAUAAUGAAACGUGUAAAAAUGAUGAACAUGCUUCAUUUGUAUAUAAACAAAAUUUUAAAGAAAAAAAGAAAAAUAGGAAAACAAAUCCUCUUUUGAUAUAUAUGAAUGAGAAAUUUUGUAUAGAUCUUUUAAUAUAUUUACAAAAAAAUUAUAUAAUAAACAAAUGUAUGAGAAAAAAAAGAAAAACACUUUUAAUAUUGUUAUUUAAAAUAUCUUAUGUAUUUAUUUGUUUGAAAUGGAAGGAGGCAUUUUGUUUAUUGUUAAAUAUAUUUAAAAAUGAAAAUGAUGAAAUAUUAUAUGCUUUAUUAAUAUUAUGCAAAUAUCCAUUAUUUCCAAAAAGUACAAAAAUAGAAAAAUCUGAUAAAAAGAAAAAUAAGAAACAUAAUAAUAAAGUGUGGACAAAAAAUGUCACAAGAAAAAUUAAGAACGUUGAUGGAAACAUUUCAUUGUUAUUUGCACAUAAAUUAUUUAAUAAUAUAUAUGAUAAUUUUGUAAGAAUAUUAAGAACAAAUAAAAUGAAAUAUGAAAAUAUUAUAUUAUCUUCCAUUUUAUAUGUUAAAAAUGAUAGUUCCAAUUUUUUAUUAAUAAUAAUCAUGAUAAUAUUUUUCUUUUUUUUUAAAAAAGCAUAUUUUAUCGAAAGUCUUUUUAAAGAUAAUAGGAGAAAAAAUAUAUUGAGAAAUUAUUAUUUAUUAGAAUGUUUUUUCUUUAAAACGAAAAAAAUACUUUUUUUACAAAAAAAUCAAAUGUUUUCAUUAUCCUCUUUUAAAUCAUUUAAUACGAAUGGUUAUGAAUUAUUUGCUCAUGAUAUGUUUUUAAAAUAUACUUUUCAAAUAUGUUAUGAAUUAAUAAAUUUUAAGGAUAUGAAUAAUUUUCUAGUUUUAAUAAAUAAUACCUUAUAUUUUCAUUUUGUAAAAUUAAUAUUAUAUUUAGAUACACAAAAUUGUUGUCUAAAUAUAUCUAAAUAUCAUCACGUAUUUUUUAUUAUGUUAUCUUAUUUUUAUAUUGGCUAUUUUAUGUCUAUUAAUAAAUGCUUGCAAAAAUUUGAUCAUAUAUUUAUUUCUAUUUUGUACAAAUUUCAUAUGCUUAAGGAAGAGGACGUUGAAGAUAUAUUCAACUCAUCAGAAGAUAUAAAAGAUCGCUUGAAAGAUAAACAAAUGUUUGUUAUAAAAAAAGGUGCUAAAAAUAAGGAGAAGGAGAUUAAUAUUUUUAUUAAUGAUAUAAAGAAUUUUGAAGAACAUGAAUUUGUAAAAAAUCAAGAACCAACUAUUUUUGAAAAGAAAAAGGAUGAUAGUAUUAUUAAGGAAAAUAUAAUUAAAACCAAUUCAUUUAUAAUAUUAGAUAAAUAUAAUGAACAAGAAAAACAAACAAGCAAUAUAUUAAAUAAUAAUGAUGGGAUAUAUAAUAAUAAUUAUAUUUUAUCCUUUCCAUUAAUUCCAUUAUUUUACCCUCACCACAAACCACCCCUUUUUUUAAAAAAUGAACAAGAAGAAAAUAAAAUAUAUUAUAGUAUUAAUUAUUUGAUAAACUUUUUUUAUCAAUUGUUAACAAAAUAUUUAUGUGAAUUAGAUUAUAAAAUGUAUAACACUAAAAUAGAUUUGUAUAUAUUACAAAAUAGUAAAAAUUCAGACUUGUACUUAAAAAUUAAUAAAUUUGUUAAUUCAUUUUAUGGAACAUGUACCUUAUUAUAUGGUAUAUAUAAUGAAAAAAUCGAUAAUGGAAAUAACAAUAAUAAUGUUCAUCAGAAUUAUAAUACAGAUAAAUAUUACAAUAUAUACAAUUCCAAGAAAUAUCAUAAUGACAAUACUAAUAAAAAAAAUCAUAGUGAUAUUUAUUAUAGAAAUGUAGCAUAUAAUACGAAAAUGAAAAUAUGGGAUGAAAAAAACCCUAUACAUUUAUUCAUACAAACGAUAGAUUUAUUUUUUAGUAUAUAUUAUACCUUAUUUACACUAGGCUUAAGUUUAUAUGAAAAAAAAAAAAUUUAUGUAAAUAGAAAGAAACAGUAUAAAAAGUAUUUAUUAAGCAUCAUUUGUGUUUUGUUCUUUAAUAUAACUAAUAAUGAAAUUAGUACAAAGGAUACGCUGAUAUUUUAUAAACAUAAUAUGGACAAUAAUAAUAAUAAUAAUAAUAAUAAUAAUAAUUAUUGUUAUAAUAAUAAUUAUUAUAAUUGUUAUUCUCAUUUUUUUUCCAAGAGGAACAUUAUAAAAAGAGAGAAAUAUUUAAAUGUUAUCUGUUGUGUGUUGUGUAUUAUUCAUUUUAUUAAUUAUUUUAAAUAUGUUAAGAAAAACAUUAUAAAGAAGUUCAUAUUCAUUAUCGAUUAUCUUCUUUUUAAUCAUAAUUCUUUUUAUUUUAAAGAAGAUUAUCAAAAAUGUACAAAUUCAGAAAAAAAAAAUAAAAAAAUACAUAUUCAUAAUAUUUAUAAAACAAUUAUAAGAAAUUUACCAAAACAUGUCAAGUCAUUUACAAAAGAUAAAGAAAAAGACACAAACUAA